GUCGCUGGGGCUCUCUGCGCUUGACAGUUGUACCUGAAGGAGAAUGCCGAGAAGCGGCGGGAGCACCGGCGGUGUUCAGAGACUUCCCACCGCUAAGGAGACGGGUUCUGGUUCUGACGGAAACAUGUCGGGGGAGAAGGCUGUCGGAACUUCCUGCAACAAGUUCCAACCGAACAUCUUCAAUAAAACCAAAUGUCAGAACUGCUUCAAGUCCCGGGAGGUGCAUCUGCUGUCCGACGGAGACAUGGAGCAGGCCAAGCCCAUCUAUGCCAGCUGGUUAUGUUUGGCACCUGUUGGGACAGAUUUUGCCAACCCCAUGCAGAGGUCCAGGAAGUGGCAGCGGCGUUUCUUCAUCCUGUACGAACACGGCAGCCUGAGCUACGCGCUGGACGAGCUGCUCAGCACGUUACCUCAGGGGACGGUCAACAUGAAUCUCUGCACAGACAUCACCGAUGCAGAACCCAGAACGGGUCAGAAAAACGCUCUGUGCAUCACCACGCCAUCACAGGAGAUCUUCAUCCGCGGCGACAACAAAGAGGUCAUCAACGGGUGGAACGAACAGCUUGCCGUUUACUUACGACCCAACAAACAGAAUCAAAAGAAGAAACGUAAAGUGGAGCCUGUAGCCAAUCAGGAGCCCAGUCCUGCCAAGAUGGCGGCCACUUGUCCCUCAUCAGAGGGGGCUGUCCCGGACUCUGUCCCGUGGCAGGAAGAGCAGCAUGGGGGAGAUGUGACUCCGGUCUGGACUGUCUCAGGACCAGAUCCGUCGGGACCCGAGUGGACCCCUGCAGACAACAUGUCCUCCUACCCGUGUCAGGCCUCCAGGAACUCUGGAACCUCGGGUGGUGCUGGCCAUUUUACUACAGAUGAAAACACCGGCAGUGAUCAGUCGACCGACGUCCCAACAUCAGCAGCAAAACCGAACCCGGACAGAAGCCAGAAUACCUCAGCAGAACAGCUGCUGGGCUUGGGGGCCACCGAGAAACCUCAGAGAGAUGGAACCAGCAUCUGCAGGCAGGGCAGGACGGCGGCUCGGACGGCCAAGCAUGAGAACCUGCAGCGAAGCGGAUGUGAGGCCCUGCUCAGUGCUCCUCCUCCGGUCCAGAGGAGAUCCAGGUCUCUGGACCGGAGGACAUCGGACAUCGUCAUGACUCCAGACUUAUUAAACUUCAAGAAAGGCUGGAUGAUGAAACUAGAUGAGAAAGAUCAGUGGAAGAAGUAUUGGUUUGUUCUGUCGACGGACCGUCUCAGAUUCUACAGCGAUUCCGUAGCUGAGGAGACCUCAGAUCUGGGUGGAGAAAUCGACCUAACGAAGUGUUUCAGUGUGUCUGAGUGUCAGGUCCAGAGGAACUACGGUUUUCAGAUCCAUACCCUGAUGGGCACCUUCACGCUGUCGGCCAUGACGGCAGGAAUACGCAGGAACUGGAUCCAGGCGUUGAUGAAGAACGUGCAUCCAGGCAACGCUCCGGAUGUAGCCAGUUUACCUGGACAGCAUAUUACCUGUAGCUCACCUGAGCUCAUCCCCAAACCAGAUGUGACUCAGGAUUCUGCUUCUAAGGACAUCUCCGUGGAGAAAGACCCUCACUCCAGGACUGUGACUGAAAGAAGGCAUGAAGACCACUACAAGACCUUUGACUGCUCUGAGAUCAGGCCCCAGAGCGACGAGACUGACCACCAGAAACCUCUGCCCCCCCUGGAGCUGGGAGACCUGGAGAGACGGAGAAGGCGGGAGGAGAGGAGGAGAAGGUACGAGAGCAUGCUGGGCUUCUCUCUGGGUCACACCGAGCCUCAGCAGACCGAGGAUGGUGAUGUGAGAGCGCUGAGUCCACAGUUACAGCUGAGGAUGGAGAAGCAGAUAGAGGAGUGCUGGAGGAAGGUGGAGAGGAGCGGAUUCAUACCGGAGAGGAAGGUGCUGCUGAGUGUUGAUACCAGAGAUUGUUCUGAGGUGGAGAAGAUCCACAGCUACAGGAAGACGGUGGAGGAUCUGAAGGCGCAGCUGGCUGAGUCAGAGUGCUGCAGGCUGAAGCUGGAAACUUGGAUCAGCACCGCGGGGUUCUACCAGGAACAGCCGAACUUCCCAGUUUCUCCUGGAGCUCUUUUCUGCCCCGUGGACAUGAAUGAAGAGCAUCUUAAAGACCUGAACAAGUCCUACGGCGAGUCCAGAAAGGUUUUGUUUCAGCAGCAACACGUCAGGCCACAGAAGCAAGAGCAUCUUCAUCUUAACUCAUCCUCAUCAGCAGCACAGCUGCCCAGCAUCUGGCUGAAGGACGCAGAGCACAGUUUACAGCACCUGGAUGGAACUUCACACAGCCAGCAGGACACGUCCCAGAAGGAAGGACCAGUUUCAGGAUUACAUUUUAAUGGUGGCACAGCCCACCACCUGGACCGACGGGACCAUCAGCUGUUCCCCGCCUCAGAAACCAACAGAGAGUUUCAACUCGUGGAGGAGACGACUCAUGAGGACUCCACUUUAGGCGUCGAUGCUUCUGACCCAUCAGUGGUGAAGCACCUGUCCCAGGAGGUCGAGGAGCUCACAAAGCAGAACAAAGCUCUGGACCAGCAAAACCAGGAGAUGAUAAACCAGCUGAUGGAGGCCGACCGCGAGAUUGCACGGCUGAAAGCUGAACUCGGCAGCAAGCUCUCCGAGGCCCGUCUCCUCUCUGAACUAAAACUACAAGCGAAGACGAUGGAUGAUCUGGACAAGCAGCUGAGUUUGAGGAACCAGGAGCUCCUGGAUGUUCGGACACUGAUCUCCUCCUCUCUGGGGACUGAGGGGCUGAAGAGCGCUGCAGAAGUUCCGGUAGAAGAAAAAUGCAGGAGGAGUUCAGAGACAUCAGAAGAAGGUCCACUUCAGUGUCUCCAGGCUGCAGAGACUAAGCUGAUGAAGGUGGAGAAACAGCUGGAAGAGUCAACCCAGACCUGCAGGCAGCUCCCGCAGCAGAACACACAACUAAACCAAACAGGAGAACUUUACCUCCAAAGAGCUUCAGAAGCUGAAGCAGACCUCAAGAGACUGAAGGAGCAGCUGAAGGAGGAGCUGGAGAAGCAGCGACUUGAAAAAGAGGAGAGGAACCGGAGAAAAACUGAUGAAGAACAGAUCCUGCAGGUGACCGAGGGGAUGGUGACACGACUGAGAGCUUCGGAAAAGCUGCUGGAGGUCAUGGACAAGUUGGAUUUCAUUGGGGGAGCUGCGGAGGAGCAGGAGGAGAGUCCCGAUGUAGUGAGACAGCUGAGGUGGGAGGAGGAGUUUUGGAAGUUGCUGCUGAACAAACUGAAGGCUGACCCGACCCAGCUGGAGAACCCGGUUGGAGUUCUUCUCAGUGAAAUAACUGAACGUUUGAUGUUGGAGACACAAGUUCUACUAGAAGCUCACGAGCUGCUUCUCCAAACAGGUGAGCUGACAGGAAUCCAAACACCUGAGAGCAGAUCUUCAGCAGCUUUAAACGGAGUUACAGAACCAGAACCCAGUAUGUUUGGAUGCAAGCAGCUGGGUGAGAUGGAGCAUCUGAAAGCCUUCACACAGAUAAAAAUCAGGUUAUUAGAGCAGACCUCCUCCAUCAGAUCCUCCACACUCGAUGAGCUGCUGCUGGCUGCCAACAGGCUCUACGAUCCUCACUCUUCUCCGAAUCCUAGACCAGUUUUGUUCCUUCACUCAGCCGCCGCUGAAGCUCUGUUCUGCUGUCGGUUAGCCCGGCUCCGCUCCGGAUGUGAGAGAAGGCUCUGCUGCGUCGGCCUCCUGCGGGAAAACCAGGAGCUGAAAGCUAAACUAUCAGACGUGGAAGAACGCCACCUCUCAUUUGGUUCUCAAAUGAGCGUGUGCUGCCAGACAGAUGAGAUUUACCUUCAGCGCUCAGAAUCGCAGAACGACCCUCCUCUUGGAGGCCAGAUGGUCUCAGGGGAAUGUUUAGGAGAAGGGGAAGCGAUGGAGUCCAACACGGAGGUUUCAGAUGUGGGAGUGGAAGUGACCGAGCUGGAGAAUCCGUCGGUGACAGACCAGAUGAAGGAGGACUCGGACCAGAAGAUGAGCGUUGUGCUGAAGCAGCAUGAGGAGGAGAAGGACAAGCUGAAGGCCGUGUGUGAGCGGGGGCUUGCCGCCAUGGAGGAGUGUCACCGGAAGGUGGUGGAGGAGCUGCGGCGUCUGCACCAACAGGAAGUGGAGCGCCUCCUAGUGGAGAAAGACCAGCUCCUGGAGGAGGAGAGCGCAGCCACUGCCACUGCGAUCGAAGCCAUCCAGAAUGCUCACCGCGUGGAGCUGCAGAGGGAGGUCCAGAGGAGGCGUCAGUCAGAGAACGGGAACACACAGCUGGAGGAGAUCCAUCGGCAGCACCGGGAGGAGCUGGCCUCCGUCCAGCGGGAGCUCGGUGUCUUGUCCCAGCAGUUUUCCCUGAAGUGUCUGGAGAUCAGACAUCUUGUCCAGGCUCUGGACGCUGAGAGGAGAGCUUUGUGUCAGUGCCAGCAGGAGAACCAGGACCUGAGGAGCAGAAACCAGGAGCUGAGUGCUCAGCUGGCUGAAGAAAUCACCAAAUUAUGUUCUAUGGCCAAGCGGAACACACUGGCAGUCAGUCAGGGGAUGGACGUGUACGAGAUGGAGGUCCGAGUGCAAGAUGUUGUUUUGACUAACUAACCACGAGGGACUUCAGGAGGAAGAGACAUGAAACGCCAUCUAUGCCGAUCUACGUACCUUCGGAGACUCCCGUGUAUGAUCCGGAAUGCCAGGUCCUCGGACCCUCCUUUGGUGCUGGAACUGAUAGCACAGUGUCUGCAGCACGACAAACCAGUCUACGGAUCGACUCACGGUACGACGGCAGGUUUCGGCGUCACGUGGAGAGUUCAGCUUUUAUUCUGAAGGAACCGUCGUCUUGUUGAUAAAACAACAGAGUUUUCCAGCUUGACAGUUCUCAGCUUAAAAGUAGAAAAUACAGCUGGCCAGUCUGCACUUCACUUAGCGAUGAUGGAUUUGAGAGCUGGUCGAGCUACGUUGAAGAGCUUCGUUGGAAGUCGAUGGAAACUCAGAUGGAACUGAAUUAAAAAUGGCGUUGUUCUGUUUUAUUAAGCUUAGUUGUUUAUGAUUCUUAGCCAACCGGAGUGGACAGAUUAACUAAACAUCACAGAACUCUGCCUCGCAACAGAAAGGAAGUUCUGAUUGGAUGAAUGAACAAUGUGUCAUGUGUUUACCUUAUGUGGAUCAGGGUGUCUAGCUCAGUCCUGUUAAUUCAUUAAACACAUAAAUCAUACAUUGUGAUUUCACAGAUCAGUCACCUGAUUAUUACUGACCAACAGUUGUUUUGAUUAGCUUUAUUACAAAUAAAGUUCUUUGAUUAACUAAUGAAAAGCGUUCUUCGUCCUUCUUCUGUCUUCUUUGCUGGAAUGUAAACAUCAGAAGCAAGCACACAACCGUGGCAAUUCAUGCAUGCUGUCACUGUGGAAAAGGGCAGCUGUUAAGGGCAGAAAUAGCAUAUCCAUAACGCUACACAUUUAAACGGCAUUACUCCCAACACUGACUACCACAACCUGGGACUACCUCAAGUAGACUAGUAUACUACUUCCAGGGAACACUGUUGGAACACCUUAUUUAAUUUAUUUGAUUAUAGGUUAGGUCUUGUCUAUCCUGUUACCUAUUUAAUAUUACUUUAUUGUUAGGGCUGUUUUUGUUGUGCAUCUGCACUUUAUGUUGUCAAUGUCUACGCAUGGGACAGUGUGAAACGUAAUUUAAAUUCCUUUGUAUGACGAGCACAUUUGAAGAAAUUGACAAACAAAGUUUUCUAUUCUAUUCUAUCAUACCUUUUGUUUUACAACAGCAUCAGUACGCUUCCUGUGCACAGAUUAUUAAGGAUGCUUGUUUCAGCUGUGAGAUUAGACGAUAGGAUCAAUUAAAAAAUAAGUUGUCACACACAAAUAGUGGCUUUCAAAUAGUUUUGUUACUUUUUACAAGUUUAGAAAAGCAGCAGAUGAGACAGCAUGUGUGAUAAUUUAGUUUCUCAUCUGAUAAUAUUAGAACAUGUCAGUAAUGUCUGAGGGGCUUUUACAAACACUGUAUAACUAACACUCCUGGAGAAGGUAUGGAUUACACAGAGGCUUCUGGGGAGGCUUUUUGCCUUGGCCCCCAAAAUGUCUUGAAACGGCCCUGGGUGUGUGACUGAGUGUUGAAGGUGAUCUGAACUGUAUCAGAUGUAUAAAUAUUACAUGUGUAUAACUUAUUGUUUUAUACAGGUAAAAACGUGUAGUGGAGAUAAAUCUACCUACAUUUUAGUUUUUGUUUUCUUGCUUUUAUUUAACUAUUUCCUGUCCUGUCUGUCUCUCAUCUUCCUGCAUCUCCUCUAAAC